GGAGCUGCGGGUGAGAUGGACCGGCCCCGGCCCCGGCCGCACCACACGGCGCAGGGCUCCGCCGCCGGCGCCCCCUACCCCUCCUCCGCCUCGCUCCGCAGCUGCCGGGAGAGCAAGAUGUCGCGCCGGAAGGGCCCCCAGCGCCCUCCGCCGCCCGGCGGCCCCGAGGUGCCGGGAGAGAAGCGCCCCAAGUUUCAUUUAAACAUUAGGACAUUGACAGAUGACAUGCUGGACAGAUUUGCCAGCAUAAAAAUUCCAGGGAGCAAGAAAGAGAGGCCUCCACUUUCCAACCUGAAGACUGCAUUUGCAAACAGUGACUGUUCUUCAGAGGCGAUGGAAAACCUUCCAAAGCCACUAUCAGAGAAGGAACUCUUAGAACUUUUUGAAAAGAUGAUGGAAGAUAUGAAUUUAAAUGAAGAUAAGAAGGCACCAUUGCGAGAAAAGGACUUUAGUAUCAAGAAGGAAAUGGUGAUGCAGUACAUUAAUACUGCUUCAAAGACAGGAAGUCUUAAGAGAAAUCGUCAGAUCUCACCUCAGGAAUUCAUCCAUGAACUGAAAAUGGGACCUGCAGAUGAGAGACUUGUCACGUGCCUGGAGUCACUAAGAGUAUCUUUGACUAGUAAUCCUGUGAGUUGGGUGGAAAGUUUCGGACAUGAGGGGCUUGGAUUAUUACUGGACAUUUUGGAAAAACUGAUUAGUAGCAAAACAAAAGAAACCACUGUAAAGAAGAAUCAGCACAAAAUCAUCCAGUGUCUGAAGGCUCUGAUGAACACACAGUAUGGCCUGGAAAGAAUUAUGAGUGAAGAGCGAAGUCUUUCUUUACUGGCCAAAGCCAUCGAUCCUGAGCAUCCCAGUAUGAUGACAGACGUGGUUAAACUCCUCUCUGCAGUGUGCAUUGUAGGGGAGGAGAGCAUCCUUGAAGAAGUUUUAGAAGCUUUAACAUCAGCUGGAGAAGAAAGAAGAAUCGACAGGUUUUCUUCUAUUGUGGAAGGUCUUCGGCACAAUUCAGCGCAACUGCAAGUAGCAUGUAUGCAGCUCAUCAAUGCCCUUGUUACAUCUCCUGAUGAUUUGGACUUCCGGCUUCACAUCAGAAAUGAAUUUAUGCGUUGUGGAUUGAAAGAGAUACUGCCUAAUUUAAAAUGCAUUAAGAAUGAUGGCCUGGAUAUCCAACUUAAAGUUUUUGAUGAGCAUAAAGAAGAAGACUUGAUUGAAUUCUCUCAUCGCCUGGAAGAUAUUAAAGCUGAACUUGAUGAAGCAUAUGAUGUAUACAACAUGGUGUGGAGCACAGUUAAGGAAACUAGAGCAGAGAAAUAUUUUAUUUCUAUUCUUCAGCAUCUUUUACUGAUUCGAAAUGAUUGUUUUAUAAGGCAACAGUACUUCAAGUUAAUUGAUGAGUGUGUAUCUCAGAUUGUAUUACAUAGAGAUGGGAUGGAUCCCGACUUCACAUAUCGAAAAAGACUAGAUUUAGAUUUAAGUCAGUUUGUUGAUAUUUGCAUGGAUCAGGUGAAAGUAGAAGAGUCUGAAGAGAAAGCAUCAGAAUUUUACAAGAAAUUUGAGAAAGAGUUUACUGACCACCAGGAAACUCAAGCUCAAUUGCAGAAAAAAGAGGCAAAGAUUAAUGAGCUUCAAGCAGAGUUACAAGCUUUUAAAUCUCAGUUUGGUGCCUUGCCAGCUGAUACUUCUUUGCCCCAGUCAAAAGAAAAUGGAAUUGGGCACCCGGCACUGCUUCCUCCANGAAUUCUCAGUGGAGGAAACCCUCUUCCACCUACCCUGCCAUUUGGGUUAAAACCAAAGAAAGAAUUUAAACCUGAAAUCAGCAUGAGAAGAUUGAACUGGUUAAAGAUCAGACCUCAUGAAAUGACUGAAAACUGUUUCUGGAUAAAAGCAAAUGAAAAUAAGUAUGAAAAUGUGGAUUUGCUUUGUAAGCUUGAGAAUACAUUUUGUUGCCAACAAAAAGAGAGAAGAGAAGAGGAAGAUUUUGAAGAGAAGAAAGUUCUUAAAAAAAAAAUUAAAGAACUUAAAUUUCUAGAUUCUAAAGUUGCCCAGAACCUUUCAAUCUUCCUGAGCUCUUUUCGGGUGCCAUAUGAAGAAAUCAAAAUGAUGGUAUUGGAAGUGGAUGAAACACAGUUGGCAGAGCCUAUGAUUCAGAACUUAAUAAAGCAUCUUCCUGAUCAAGAACAAUUAAAUUCAUUGUCUCAGUUCAAGAGUGACUAUAACAACUUAAGUGAACCAGAGCAGUUUGCUGUUGUGAUGAGCAAUGUGAAGAGACUACGGCCGCGGCUCAGUGCUAUUCUCUUUAAGCUUCAGUUUGAAGAGCAGGUGAAUAACAUCAGACCUGACAUCAUGGCUGUCAGCACUGCCUGCGAAGACAUAAAGAAGAGCAAAAGCUUCAGCAAGUUGCUGGAACUUGUAUUGCUAAUGGGAAACUACAUGAAUGCCGGCUCCCGGAAUGCUCAGACCUUUGGAUUUAACCUUAGCUCUCUCUGUAAACUGAAGGACACAAAAUCAGCAGAUCAGAAAACAACACUACUUCAUUUUCUAGUGGAAAUAUGUGAAGAAAAGUACCCUGAUAUCCUGAAUUUUGUGGACGAUUUGAAACAUUUGGACAAAGCUAGCAAAGUCUCUGUAGAAAUGCUGGAAAAGAAUUUGAAGCAGAUGGGAAGGCAGCUUCAACAGCUUGAGAGAGAUUUGGAAACCUUUCCCCCUCCUGAGGACGUGCAUGAUAAGUUUGUGACAAAGAUGUCCAGUUUUGCUAUCAGUGCAAAGGAACAAUAUGAGAAACUUUCCAAGUUACAUGAAAACAUGGAAAAGCUAUACCAGAGCAUCAUGGAAUACUAUGCCAUUGACAUGAAGAAGGCGUCCGUGGAAGAUUUCUUGACUGACUUAAGUAACUUCAGAACCACAUUCAUGCAAGCAUUAAAGGAAAAUGUCAAAAAAAGAGAAGCAGAGGAAAAGCAAAAACGUGCCAGAAUAGCCAAAGAAUUGGCAGAGAAAGAAAGAUUCGAACGCCAGCAAAAGAAAAAGCGCAUAUUAGAAAUGAAGACUGAGGGUGAUGAGACGGGAGUGAUGGAUAGUCUGCUGGAGGCCUUGCAGUCGGGGGCUGCCUUCCGCGACCGAAGGAAAAGGACACCGAAGCCAAAAGAUAUCCGGCAGAGUCUCAGUCCCAUGUCUCAGAGGCCUGUUCUGAAAGUUUGUAACCAUGAAAAUCAGAAAGUGCAGUUGACAGAAGGGUCACGUCCACACUACAAUAUCAAUUGCAACUCAACAAGGACUCCAGCCGCCAAGGAGCUUAAUUAUAAUCUAGACACUCACACGUCUACAGGGGGGAUCAAGGCCGUUGAGAAGAAGGAAGCCUGUGAUGUAGAAAGCAACAGAAAAAAGGAAAGGGAGCUUCUUGGCUCUGUUUCUAAAAACGAAUCCAUGCCUGAAGUUGAAGCCCUGCUGGCAAGAUUACGAGCUUUAUAAAUUAAACUGGUAAAAAAAAAUGAUUAAGCCAAACUUUUAUAAAGCCAUGCUCUGAGCUAUAACACUUGAAAAAAUUGCUUUUUAUAUAAGUUACUUUAUAUAAUUUAAAAUUAUGAUAUCUAUUAGAAAAAUAAAGCUAAAUAUAUGAUGCAAUGCUUUUCCUAUGCACUUGAGGCUGUGACUUACCAAAGCCUGUUACAAUCCUGAAUGUUUUAUUUCACCUGGUAUUGGUUAAAUUACACAUAAUGCUUCAGAGAGCAGGUAGGUGGCCAUGUGUUCAGCAAUGUGUCCUUAAGAAAAUACCAUCUUUCUAAGUCAGCUGUAAUUUUUACUUUACUAUUUUCAACAUUUAGACCCAGAUAUCUCCUGAAUUGAGAUCUACAUGCUAUUACAUGGUAUCAAAAAUAUAAAACUGAAUAUGACAGAGCUAUGAGGAAAUGAUUGGUAAGCUCCUUACCAUCAUUGAAUUCAUGUUAAUUAGACCUGUAGGAAACUAUAAGACCAUUGAGCACAUUUCCAAAAUUGAGGUAAUGGGAAUGAAUGUAUGCACUCUGCAAAAUGCACAAGCUUUUGUGUAAAGCUGGCCAUACAUGGUAUUACAAUGCUGCUGAAACUCUUAGCUGAGAGCACACCCCACCCUGUCCCCACCGCCACCCCCAGGAUUAUGACUCUGGGUAGAAUUGCCACUUUGAAACUUACAAAGUAACAAAUUUCUUUAUUUCUGUGAACAAACUUGAAAUUGCAGUUUGUUUGACCUGACAAUCAGUUACUUUAACAAAGAUCUGAAGAAAUGUUUCAAGUAAAAUUUCCUUAUGCAAAAUUUACAAUUGUACUUCGUUUGGGGCAUAUAAUUCUGUAUCAAAGAAAAUAAACUUGUUACUUGCACUAAAUGAGAAAAGUCACUCUUUUCUUUUUUGUAGUGAGCAAAUUCUGUGGAUAAGCUUGAAAUAGACUGCGAUGCAGUCUCUCUAAGCAUCUGUUUGGCUUUAUUACCUGCAAUAAGUAAGUGACUGCUCUUUUACCUUCAGUUAAAAAGCAGUUAUAUGGAACUAGUCUGCGAGGCCCACUGCUUUUUAUUUCCUUGUUUAAGUUGCCACCUCCUUUCAACUCCAACUUAAUAAAGUUAAUUAAUUAGAACUAUGAA